AUGGCGCACAUAUUCGACAUCGGGACGCGGGCAUGGCAGCCCGACACGACCGAGGGCUGGGUGGCCUCGGAAGUCGUGGACAAGCAGAUCGACGGCGACAAGGUGAAGCUGGUCUUCCAGCUGGAGAACGGGGAGAGCAAGACCAUCGAGACGACGCUCGCCGCCAUCCAGACGGGCAACGACCCGAAUCUGCCGCCGCUGAUGAACCCGGCCAUGCUCGAGGCCAGCGACGACCUGACCAACCUGUCGCACCUCAACGAGCCCGCCGUGCUGCAGGCUAUCAAGCUGCGCUACCUGCAGAAUGAAAUCUACACCUACUCGGGCAUCGUCCUGAUCGCAACAAACCCCUUUGCCCGCGUCGACUCGCUCUACGUGCCCGGCAUGGUGCAGGUCUACGCCGGCAAGCAGCGCUCCUACGGCGCCCCCCACCUGUUCGCCAUCGCCGAGGAGGCCUUUGCCGACAUGCUGCGCGACCAGAAGAACCAGACCAUUGUCGUCUCCGGCGAGUCUGGUGCCGGCAAGACGGUCAGCGCCAAGUACAUCAUGCGCUACUUCGCAACCCGCGAGUCGCCCGACAACCCAGGCAAGCGGCGCGGCAAGAUCGACUCCAUGUCCGAGACCGAGGAGCAGAUCCUGGCCACCAACCCCAUCAUGGAGGCCUUUGGUAACGCCAAAACCACGCGUAACGACAACUCGUCCCGUUUCGGCAAAUACAUUGAGAUCAUGUUCAACAAGCAGACGGACAUCAUCGGCGCCAAGAUCAGGACCUACUUGCUCGAGCGCUCGAGAUUGGUCUUUCAGCCGCUUAAGGAGCGCAACUACCACAUUUUUUACCAGCUCGUCGCCGGUGCUUCUGAUGCCGAGCGCCAGGAGCUGUCUUUGAAGCCCGUCGAGGAGUUCAGCUACCUCAACCAGGGUAGCGCGCCCGUCAUCGACGGCAUGGACGACAAGGCCGAGUUCGAGGCAACAAAGAGCUCUCUGACAAAGGUCGGUGUUGCGCAGGAGACACAGGCUCAGAUCUUCCGUCUGCUUGCGGCUCUGUUGCACAUUGGAGACGUCAAGAUCACCGCCACACGGACAGACUCGAAUCUGGCGCCUGACGAGCCUGCACUGGUCAAGGCUUGUGGCCUCCUCGGAAUCGAUGCCGCCAACUUCGCGAAAUGGACGGUCAAGAAGCAGCUCAUCACAAGAGGAGAGAAGAUCGUCUCGAACCUGACACAACAGCAAGCCGUGGUCGUCCGAGACUCCGUCGCCAAGUUCAUCUACUCAAGUCUCUUCGACUGGCUGGUCGAGCGCACCAACGAGAGUCUGGCCACAGAGGAGGUCCUCUCGCAGGCCCGCUCUUUCAUUGGUGUCCUGGAUAUCUACGGGUUCGAGCAUUUUGCGAAAAACUCGUUUGAGCAGUUUUGUAUCAACUAUGCCAACGAGAAGUUGCAGCAAGAGUUCAACGCUCACGUCUUCAAGCUCGAGCAGGAGGAGUACAUGCGCGAGCAGAUUGAUUGGACGUUCAUCGACUUCGCGGACAACCAGCCCUGCAUCGACUUGAUCGAAGGCAAGCUUGGUAUUCUGUCUCUGCUUGACGAAGAGUCUCGUCUGCCCAUGGGUUCCGAUGAGCAGUUUGUCACCAAGCUGCACCACAACUACUCUGGCGACAAGCACAAGUUCUACAAGAAGCCGCGAUUCGGCAAGUCUGCUUUCACCGUCUGCCAUUACGCCGUCGACGUCACAUACGAGUCCGAUGGUUUCAUCGAAAAGAACAGAGAUACGGUGCCAGAUGAGCACAUGGAGGUGCUGAGGUCGUCUUCCAACAAGUUCUUGAUUGAGAUCUUGGAUGUUGCGUCGUCCAUCCGCGAGAAGGAGACCGCCCCGAUCGCGAAGCCGGGAACCACAAUGUCCGCCGGCCGACGGAUAGCAACCAACAGGAAACCCACACUGGGAGGCAUCUUCAAGUCCUCCCUCAUCGAGCUCAUGGCGACCAUCAAUUCCACCGAUGUUCACUACAUUCGCUGCAUCAAGCCCAACGAGGCCAAGGCGGCCUGGCAGUUUGAUGGACCCAUGGUCCUCAGCCAACUGCGCGCUUGUGGUGUUCUCGAGACUGUCAGAAUCAGUUGCGCUGGUUACCCCACAAGAUGGACAUAUGAGGAGUUUGCCCUCCGCUACUACAUGUUGGUGCCAUCGUCAGGGUGGACGCCCGAGAUCCGCGACAUGGCCAAGGCCAUUCUCCACAAGGCCUUGGGUAACAGCAAGAAUGACGGCACCGACAAGUACCAGAUGGGUCUGACCAAGAUCUUCUUCCGCGCCGGUAUGCUUGCGUUCCUCGAGAACCUCCGCACAGCAAGGUUGAACGAUGCCGCCGUCAUGAUCCAGAAGAAUCUGAGGGCCAAGUACUACCGCCGCAUCUACUUGGAGAUGCGUGAUGCCAUUGUCGCUGUGCAGUCUCUGGCUAGAGGUUUCAUGACCCGGGAGCGUGCCGAGGAACAAAGACAAGUCAAAGCCGCAACUACCAUCCAAAGGGUGUGGCGCGGAUCGAAAGACCGCAAGCGAUUCCACGUCGUGCGACAGUCCGUCAUUCUCUUCGAGGCCGCAGCAAAGGGUUUCCUCUGCCGAAAGAACAUCCUCGACACAAGGCUUGGCAACGCUGCUCGCAUCAUCCAGCGCACUUGGAGGUCGCAAAGAUCGCUCCAAGCCUGGAGGCAAUACCGCAAGAAGAUUGUUCUCAUCCAGAGCCUGUGGCGAGGAAAGAAGGCGCGAAAGGAGUACAAGCUUCUGCGUGCCGAGUCUCGCGACUUGAAGAACAUUUCCUACAAGUUGGAAAACAAGGUUGUCGAACUCACUCAGACUCUUGGCUCGAUGAAGGAGCAGAACAAGUCUCUGAAGCAGCAGGUCGACAAUUACGAAAACCAGAUCAAGUCCUACAAGGAGAGGAGCCGUGCGCUCGAGAACAGGCAGAAGGAGCUGCAGGUCGAGGCCAAUCAGGCCGGUAUCACCGCAGCCAAGCUGAGCCAGAUGGAGGACGAGUUCAAGAAGCUGCAGACCAACUACGAGGAGAGCACCGCCAAGAUGCGACACUUGCAGGAAGAGGAGAAGCAGCUACGUGCGUCCCUCAAGCAGACCACCGAGGAUCUCGACAACUCCAAGAGAAGGAGCAAUGUCACCGAGACGGAGAAGAUGACUCUCCGUCAGCAGCUCGCCGAGCUGCAGGAGCAGGUGGAGUUGAUGAAGCGCGCUGGACCAAUCCACAGCACGCUGGAGAACGGCAACAUACCCAUUGCCGCCAGCAGCCUCAUCAACCUCGUCGCAUCGAAGAAGCCAAAGAGGCGAAGUGCUGGACCAGACACUCGCGAUCUAGACCGCUUCAGCGCCACCUACAACCCUCGACCGGUCUCGAUGGCUGUUGGCUCGACCGCCCACAGGCAGAACCUGUCUGGCUCCACAUUCGCGCAGCUCGAUAACGUCGAGCUUGAGCUUGAGAACAUCCUGGCUGAUGAGGACAUGCUCAACGACGAGGUUACUCUGGGUCUCAUCAAGAACCUGAAGAUUCCUUCCCCGACCACCACGCCUCCUCCCACAGACAAGGAGGUCCUCUUCCCCGCCUACCUCAUCAACCUCGUCACCUCUGAGAUGUGGAACAACGGCUUUGUCAAGGAGUCUGAGCGCUUCCUUGCGAACGUCAUGCAGUCCAUCCAGCAGGAGGUCAUGCAGCAUGACAGCGACGAUGCCAUCAAUCCCGGCGCCUUUUGGUUGUCGAACGUCCAUGAGAUGCUCUCGUUUGUCUUCCUUGCGGAGGACUGGUACGAGCAGCAGAAGACGGACAACUACGAGUACGACCGCCUGCUCGAGAUCGUCAAGCACGAUCUGGAGAGUCUUGAGUUCAACAUCUACCACACGUGGAUGAAGGUGCUCAAGAAGAAGCUGCACAAGAUGAUCAUCCCCGCCAUCAUCGAGUCGCAAUCGCUCCCCGGCUUCGUCACCAACGAGAGCAACCGCUUCCUCGGCAAGCUCCUCCAGGGCAGCAACACGCCCGCGUACAGCAUGGACAAUCUGCUCAGCCUGCUGAACAGCGUCUACAAGGCCAUGAAGGCCUUCUACCUCGAAGACACAAUCAUCACACAGUGUGUCACGGAGCUGCUGCGCCUCGUCGGCGUCACGGCCUUCAAUGACCUGCUCAUGCGUCGCAACUUCCUCUCCUGGAAGCGUGGUCUGCAAAUCAACUACAACAUCACGCGCAUCGAAGAGUGGUGCAAGUCGCACGACAUGCCCGAGGGCACGCUGCAGCUGGAGCACCUGAUGCAAGCGACCAAGCUGCUGCAGCUGAAGAAGGCGACGCUCAACGACAUCGAGAUCAUCCAGGACAUCUGCUGGAUGCUGAGCCCCAACCAGAUCCAGAAGCUGCUCAACCAGUACCUCGUCGCCGACUACGAGCAGCCCAUCAACGGCGAGAUCAUGAAGGCCGUCGCCAGCCGCGUCACGGAGAAGAGCGACGUCCUGCUGCUCACCGCCGUCGACAUGGAGGACUCUGGGCCGUACGAGAUCGCAGAGCCGCGCGUCAUCACCGCGCUGGAAACGUACACGCCGUCUUGUAAGUCCUUCUCCUCUUUCUGUUAUGUGACUUUUGUACUGACCCCCACAGGGCUGCAAACCCCGCGCCUCAAGCGCCUCGCGGAGAUUGUCUCGCAGCAGGCCAUUGCGCAGCAGGAGAAGAUGGAGCUCGACGCGCCCAGCCCGUCGGAGAACGGGCACGCGAACGGGUUCCGCGAGCAGCCCAUUAUGGAGGAGGUCGGUGCGUAG